CCAGUAUUUGGGCUCGGCGUAACUGACUUCCGGAUUGCAAUGUUCGGGCCGGUGGGAGGGGGAAAGUCCAGCUGCGUCAACACUCUGUUGUCAACGUUUGCUGGUAGAAUAUCACAGCGAGCGUCUACGGGGUGUGGCAGAACAGGCACGACAACAUCGUUUCACCCAUCAGCCCACAUUACAUGGAAGUCAGAGAAGUUUGUUCAGAAACCAACAAUGAACCAUCGUAUUCAUUGUGGAGUGAUCGGCAUUGAUGCUUCGACGGUUGAUGUUUUCACAGAUGAAAACACGUCUAAACUGAAAGCACUAAAAUCCUUGAUGGACGAAAAAGGGAUCCCUUGUGUUGUUCUACUGACCAAAAUCGACAAGGUUGCUCCUGAACUGGAAGACAACUGGAAGACGACCUUUAAAGAUCCAAAUAUCAAGGAGUGCGUGGACAAAGCCGCGACCGCCAUUGGAAUCAGUAGAAACAACGUGCACCCAGUGAAGAAUUACGAGAUAGAAGUAGAGGUCGACGAAGAUUUGAAUGUGCUGUCGCUGUUGGCGUUGCGGCAAAUCAUACACCUCUCGAUGGAUCACAUGGAAAACGUGAAGUUGCGAGAAGACGGAAAUGCUGUUUCUGAGAGCGCGGAAGCGGUGGGGUCAGAUACCGCUUAAAUUUAAAAGGAGUUUUUAUUCAGUAACGUGAGAUGGCGUUAAUCUUACAGGGUGUUCACAUUAAUUAAUUCGGAUUCUUUGUUUUCAUUAUUGCUAAUACAUGGUAAGGUAUUCAAACUUGGUAGGGAG